UUUCUUUCGUUCGCUGGGGAACGGAGCGCCAAAGGUCUUGUCGGAGCCCAAGGGGACUGCCAGGUGGACAAAUGGAACCACCGUGGAACUGGGACCAGCUUUAGUAAGCUCAGUUGUCAAUCGCCUCAGCUGAAUGCAGAAGGUGGAAAGUGGCUUUGACUCACGGUAAACGGUGAAGUGCGUUGUGUUCCACAAAUUGGUGCGAACUGUACGGGAACAGAAUGAGCGAUAAGAUAUCGAACACAGAUUCCAAUUGAUUUUUGGCACACUCUCAUCCUCGUGGCUCCGCCAAUAUUUAGGAUCCCGUGCGUCGAGUGAAUGUCCAAGCAUCCAAUCUUCAAAGCCGAAAAAGGUCACCGCCGAGUGACUGGACGUGUCCGACCCAAGAGAGUGCCUUUGUAAGAGGUCUUCUUAUGGAAAAAUGGCGGCAAACACGCCGCAGAAAUUACUCUACUUCGUCUUUGUCAGUCUGGCCUUGCCCUUGGUCCUUAACUGUAAAGGUCAAUACGAGCAUUUUCGUAACCACGAAUCCGUCUUCAAAGAGUACCAGCCCUACUUUGAGCACGAGGGAUCCAAUAUGUCCACAGUGGCUGGACAAGAUGUCUCGUUUCAAUGUGGCGUAAGGAACCUGGGGGAUAGAUAUGUGUCUUGGCUUCGAGCGUCAGACUCUCAAGUUCUCACCACGGGUUGGACAAAAUUCACGGGCGAUCGUCGCGUGAAAGUCAUUCCCGCCGAUCGGAGCCAUACCUGGGGUCUUGGUAUACGAAAUGUCACGCCAAGUGACACAGGGUUCUACUUGUGUCAAGUCAACACUGAGCCCAAGAUCACAUUGAGGUUCCAUCUAUCAGUUACAAAGUCAUUUGCAUUCAUCCCGGGGAAUAAUGAGCGUUACGUUCAAACUGGAAGUCAAUUGGAGCUCAAGUGCAGGAUAUCGAAAACCGUUUUACCCGGCGAGAAUCCGCCCAUCAUCGAGUGGACUCGAAAUGGAACACUUGAGCCUCGGAUGGGAAAUCACGUGCGUUCCUCGCCAGCUGUCUUUAAUAAGGCCCAAAACAGUGUUGAAUCAACUCUGCGAAUUGAUUCCGUGACGUUGGACGACUCCGGAAUUUAUAAAUGUACCUCAAACGCAGCCUCGGAGGCCACCGUGACCGUUUUAGUGACCUCAGGAGAACAAAGAGCGGCCAUCGUGGAGGAGAACUCUGGCCGUUCUGGGCAUUCAAAUUUGAACAAAUAUCUUGUGGUGGUGUGUGGGCUCCUGCCAGCACUUUUGCUCCACAUGAGAGUAACCAUCGACCACAUAACAAGCCCGAGUGUGCUCUCGGGCUUGAGUGGGCCGACCACCCAAAAGAUCGUUUCAUCCAGGUUGAUGGUCCCGUCCAAAUAGCACCACCAUGACCACCGCCCCAACCGCCGCAACCAUCGCUCGUUGUACGAAGAUGUACUUCAUUCAACCUACGACAUGCUCCUCAAGUCAGAUACAGUACCUAGAAUCAGGGAGACCAAGAGGACGACUCUGAGCUCAACAACCACGAACAACCAUGGCCUCGACCACUACAUUCAUCCAUCCAUCCAUCCGCCAUCCAUCGCUGCUGCAGCUCUCUGAAGUUAAACUUCGAUCUGCCCCAUUAGAGGUGGACUAUUAAGCUAAAAGCCAAGUUCAUUCGCCGGAUGAAGGUCUUUCUCUCAUCCGAUGGGAGGGCUCUCUUCUACUGUGUGGAGUCGAUGGGAUUCAAUCGGAAAAAGGACGGGUGUAAAGUGAAGAAAAUUGUUGACGACAAAGUUCUGGCUCACGAACUCGUGUUCUCUCGAUUCCAACGAGGACAAGAGAAUCCGAAGAGGUCUUUCGAAUUACGAAAUCUUACGAAUGGCAGAACAACAACCAUCAUAACUUCGUCUUUUUCAUGAUCAUGUGAACUCGAUCCCGAUCUCUCUCCCGAUGCUUCUGGCAGGCACAUGAAAAGCCGUUUUCCAUGACUUCUUUGACCGUUCGAGACCCCUUCCAUUUGCUAGGGUUUUCCACCAGAUCCUUCUUCCUCUUCAACCUCUACUUCCUCUUUUUCCACAAUUCCUUUUGUCUGUGUAACCUUGAGCUAGUGGAAGUACGCACGAGCAUUUUGUUCCGAAGUGAAUGGUUACAAUUUCAGAAAGAUGGGGUCAGGGAAUGAGAGAAACGAUAGUGAGAGAUUCAUUUAUCUGUCGGCCUAAAAAUGAGCCCGUUCCGGGUAUGUGGCCAAAGUUCAAGUUAAAAGGAUCAUGCAGUGUUCUUAGCCUUGAAGAGAGCUAGGAGGGAAACUUUUUCACUCCCUUCAUCAUCCUCAUCAGCCACUGAGGCUGUGUCAGCGUCGUCAUUGCCGUCGCGUUCUCGUCCCAUGGCCCAAGAAUGGUGAUACAAAGACCUUCGAACUCUUACAUACGUACAUUCAUACAUAUACAUACAUACAGGUCUAUUGGUGUGCGAAGGCACAUUCGCCCACCACACACACACUAACUCACACACUCACAGACUCACACACAACCACUAGUCUGAAGAGUACAUAAGUCUCCUUCGUCGAGCGGCGGGUUCAUGCGGCAAUGCUUUUCAUAUUGAGAUAGUCGUCCCAACUCAUUCCAACAGAGGUCAUGAAUCAGGAGCUAAGAAUGAGAAGAAAGAAGACCGACCGAGCGAACGAACACCACUCACUUUUGAUCCAAGUUCCAAGGGACGAGGAAGAGGAGAAGAAGAAGGAGGAGGAGGAGGAGGAGGAGCAGAAGUGAGUUCAGACCGAGAGCUUUAUUGGUGCAGUGAACCUUUUUGUGCCAAUCAUUUCCGCUCUUGGCAACCUCGUCACCCUCUACAAAUCCUAACCGAAUGCGUUUCCUUUUUAAACAUAUAUUAAACAUAAAUAUAUAGAGAGAGAUCUA